UCGCGCUCGUUGCUAGGAUCUCCUAACGGCCCCUCCCCCUUUCAUUUCCAGCUGCGGCCAAAUGCCGCCGCCGCCGCCGCUCUCUCCAGCUCGGGUGUUCGCCGAGUUGGUGUCCCCGCCGGUCGACUCCGGCACGGGAGAGGAUGAGCCGGCCAGAGCUGCCUUAGGAGGGCCGCUUGGGCGGGAAGUUCACGUGAGCGGCAGCGCGGAGCUCAGCGCCGGACCGGAUCGGGCCAAAGUCACGGUUUAUUUGAGAAGCAGGAAAGGGGAAGCCGGCGCAGCGCAGAGCAGCGUCGCUCGCAGACUAGACUACAUUGCCCAGACGGUUCGGCAGCGCGGCGGCACCUCGGAAAAUGAUGUGACUGUGACAAAAAACUUCAGUAGAAUAGAAAAUGCAUAUAAGAUGGAAGCAGAGGUCUGCAUUAUAUUUACUGAUUUUGGAAAAAUGCAAGAUACAUGUAAUCAUCUUGUUGAGAAACUAGAUAAAUCUGUUAUCAUCAGCUCACCUCACUUUUACCAUACAGUGGAGGCUAUAGAUACCCUUCGGAGGCAGGUAUGUGUUUCUGCUGUUAGAAGUGCUCAGCAAAAAGCUCAAGAAGUUUGCCAAUUAUUUGGACACUCCCUAGGGAAACCUCUGCUAAUCAAGGAAGAAGAGGCAAAGGAGUCGGAAGGUCAUCUUGAAGAUCAUAUAGACAAUUCUUCAGAUUUAUUCAGUUUUCAGCAGAAACUCCAAAGUGCCACCAUCUACGUUUCUUCAAGGGUAUUUGCCAUUUUUGAAAUAAAGGGAGAGAAGAAGAGGAAAAAGGCUGCUCUUAUAAAAGUGAAUUAAUUAACCUCUACAGCCAUUAAUUAAACUUUGUUUAACCUUUAUAAAGAAGAAUGUACUCAGGAAGCUCUACUUGAUUAUUCCAUAGUCUUAAAUUUAAAAUUACAGUGGAACUAUAAGUAGAAACGUCUUUUAUUAAAUGGGGUGAAAAAUGUGGAUCCCUGCCAGUGUUUUUAGAAAGUCAUUGUUCAGAUGUUAUAUCUAAAAUUAAUGGAAAGCUUUAUUUAGCUAUCAUUAUACAACGCAAGAAAAUGUGCACCCAGCAUCAUUUUAAAGUAAUCACUGACACAUUCUGUUGCUCAACAAAGCAAACAUAGGUAGAUGUACCUUGUAGUCCUCCCUUUGUUAGUGGGUUCCGCCUUUUUAGAGCAUUUGUUAGUACAACUUCUUAGAAAACUGGUUUAUCUAAAAGGCAUUCAGAGUUACUAUUAUAUAGCAGCCAAUAGUCCUAUUGUGUAUAUAAAUUUAUUCUAAGACCUAAAAAUUAAUUUUGUUAAUGCAGCAGUACACGUCUGGUUUGGUCCAAAGCAGUCUGCUUUUUAAAUAAAAUAUUUGUACAAUAGCUUCAUUGUGACUUUCUUAUUGCUAAGUUGUAAAUUGCUUAGUUAGGCUUUGUCCAAGAAGUAUUAAGGAAAUUGUUUUUCUCAAUGCUUUAUAAUCCAAACCAAAUUGGUUCAGUACUGUGUACUAGGACACCAAUUUUAAUGAAAAAAGGUAAUCUUGGGUAGGUUAAUUUUGUUCGGUUUUGAUUCUUCCACUUAGAAAUAUUUUCCGCAGGAUUUCUAAGAUUUUCAGAUGAAAGUAUUUAUGUACGGUACCUACACAAUUGUGAUAGGACUUCCAGUUGUGCUAAGAUGGAAAACUAUCUUCAUAUAUGCUGAAUGUACAGGUGCCUAUGGAAGAUCCUGCACCUCAGAACAUAUUGCAGGCAUGGCUUGCUCCUUAACAUAUUUCCAGUGCAUCUUGUUCAGAAAAAUAUCUGAACAUGGCUAAAGUAUACAUUGUACCAAGCCAGACGCUAACUCAGACUCUGUACUUUAGGGAAGUACAAAAAACAAAACAAAAAAAAGGCUUCAACAGGUAAACUCCUGAAACAGCCUAAUGAAGAAUUGGGUUAUUCUUAGUAGUUAUGCUAGCCAUGGAAGUUAAUAGGAAAAACCUAUUUCAUAUUCCACAGCCAAUAAUACUUUCAACAUUCACCCGGCAGCCAAGUUGAAAUUUCUUGAAAGUAUAUUGACUCUUGGAUUAAUAACGUCGAUCUUUAUCAUCCACGCUAGGAGGAUACCGUCGUAGAAUAAAUGCCACACAAAACAAAACAGAAAAAUCUAAAAUAAAAUAAGUUUUCAGAAGUUACACUGAAUUGCAAUUAUGAGAAAUCCUGAACCUUUCAAACUAAUCACAGGAGAAAAUAAAAAGAUUUAUUAUAAUAGCAAACAUUUUAUAUUGUUGCCAAGAAAAACAAUGCAAGUAUAACAUAGUCAUACAUUGUUUUCUUGGCAGCAAUAUAAUUUUUUCCUCCCUUUUGCCUGGGUGGAAUUUUCCAUUUGUUUCCCUCCCCACUUUGGUACUAAAUUCAGCUUAACAAAAAUUCUGCAAACCUACAAGAACAAAUGUAUUUGAAGUUUUCUAUUUCUAAUUAGCUACAGCUGAAUUAUUUAGCAAUGAAAUUAAUAUGUUGCCCCAUUUCAUUAAAAUAGAGAUGAAGUAGCAUGAAGGGGAUUAUUUAAAAAUUGAUUCUUCCAUUAUCUGUACAACUGUUUUUGAAAAAAAUCUUGACUGUUCCUCCUGCAAGAACUUCAUUAAUGACAGAAAUCGGCACAACUUAGAAAAACGAGUUUUCUAUUUAUUUAAAAAUAGGUUUGUUACUACAUUGCAGUGACAGUAAUUCUUACACUUACAUUCUAGUUUGUAUAAAAGGAUUCCAAGUAUUAUUCAUCAAAACCAACAUAAGUGUUUCACAUAACAAUAAAAGUUUCAGUCAAUAUAUAUACAAAAAGAAAGGGCACUGUUCAUCCAGGUGAGAGACUGCACUUUAUAGUAUAAUUAAGGAAAUUUCUAGGGGAAAUUGAAAAAACCUAAAGGUAUUAUAAAACGUAUCUGGGAUUUACAUAUUGUACAAAACAAGUAUAGCUUUAAAUGUGUCAGUUUUAAAACUAAAUGUUCCAAGACAACUUCCUUAUAUUGUUCUACUUUAUAUAUUUCACAUUUUAAGUGAUGAAAGUUUUAUUUAAAAAUAAAGUCAUGUGAACUGAUUAUUCAGAUUUAACUUAUUUUUCAGAUUUUUGCAGUGAUGGUCCAAAAAUGUAACAAAUAAUGUGACAACUUGUUUCUUUAGGUGUAUGUCUGAUAUGUACAUGUUAAAUGCCAUCUGUGCAAGUGUACAAAUUCUGUGCAAAUAUUUCAUAAGUAAUUUCUAGAGCAUUUUGUCAACAAUUCAUUUUCUAUCACAGCAGUUUCUUGAUGUGUUUAACUGUAUUUUAAAAAGGUAUUUUUUAAAACUCAGUAUCUCCUAUCUAUGCAAAGUAAGUCAUUGGUUAAUUUCUUUUUGUUUAACAGAAAUAAUUCCUAAAAUUAUACAUUUUUAGAAAGAGAUUUGGGGCUUGGUUUUUGUAAUUCCACAAAUAAUGCCAUUAGUGUCUUCACCCUAUCUCUUUUAUAUUUUUAAAAAUCUAUAUUGAGUUGAAUCCCAUCAUAUCCCUCCAGAAAUGUAGACUCUUCUGCUAGUGGGAACUGUUAUGAAACAUACAUAACAGACAAAUUCAAUAGCUUAGUUGCCCGUGCACAACAAAAAACACUAAUAAACCACACCAGCACUUUCAGAGUUUACGAUAAUGUUAGAUUUUAUCUUUCAACCUUUCUGAAAUUAAAGUUCUCUCUUCAAAGAGCUCUGAACAACUGAAAACAAAAACAUGAAAGAUGUUUUUCUAUAGCCAAUUGUAACUACAAAUUGUGUAAAAAUGCACAGACCAGUGAUUUAGAUUAAAAAUGAUAUUCAGACUUAGCCAUCAUAUAUGAAAUGUACGUAUUUUUAAAAUAUAAACAUUUGUACAUUAUUUACAGUAGAAACUGAGCAGCCCUUUUAUCAGAUGAAUCCUUAGGUCCAAUUAUAUGAAGUGCGAGAUUAACAGAUACAUGAAAACAUAGAAUAAAAGCCCGAUCCAGUCGGUUCCUGUUACAUCUAUGGAGCAUUCCCACAACUGAACUGUUCACCUGUGGGGUUUUGCAGAUGGUGGAAAGAGGUCAAAGCAUACUCCUCUGUAUGCCUCUUGACGCAAACUAGAAAUGCAAAGUGGACUGGAUUGUGCCCUAAACCUUCAUUAGAUAUAGUACAUCAAGGGGAAGAGGGUUUACGUCAGAGCAGAGGUGACAAUCUUCAGCUCCCUGGGACCAACUUUCUUUAGAGAAAGCAAAACUCAGGACCCUUUGAUGGGUCCUUUGUAAAGUUAUUUAAGAUUAUUAAAGCUUGUGUAACUGAAAUCCUAAAUUGGUACUUCAAGAACAUUUGUAUUAUAGCAUAUGACAGAUGUUUGUGUGCACACAUGCCCAUUUAAAAACUGAUAUGUAAUACAUGUAGCAUGACUUGUAGAAUGUUUGACAAAGAUAAAGUAAUAUUCACUGAUAAAAUUGAUAAUAUGGUACAAAUCAUAGUAUCGAUUGCUCUUAGGUGCAAAUGUACCUUAGAACAAUCAAUUUAAUAUAGGAAGACAAUUCUUUCUACGCUUCAUUACUUCUCACUAACAAAAAUGAUCAUUGUUCAAUAUUCACUAUUAGGCUGGUUAUUAUUAUAACUGCUGGGAAACAAAACUCAAGCCUGCUAGUUUUAUUAUUAAAUUUGGAAUUUUUCAAUUUUUAAAAUGAAAAACCUAUUUUGCAAUGAAUGUGAAAUACUUUUCUAUCAGACCACAGCAUAUUAACCAUAGUUAACAAUGAAAUAAUGAAAUAGCUAGCAUUUUGAAACUUAAUGGUCCAUGCUGUAUCAGAAUCCUUUUUUAGGUUAUAUUAAACAUUUGCUUUUAUUACUGCCAAGUUUGUAAGGUAAUAAUUUGUAUAGUAUCCAUAAGUACCAAGAGGUGAUAUGAACAUAAAUAUUUUAUGCAAAUAUGCCAAGAAAUAUAUUUUCCUAAAGAUAGCAUAAUAUAAUCUAUAAUACAUUUUAUUAUAGAUCAUCACAAAUUACCAAACCAUGAAUUAUUGCUUAUUUAUGUGCUAAAUGAAAAUCAUUUUUGUUGGUACAGCAAGAAUCUUGUAAAUCAAACAACCAAAUCAAUUAAAGAAAUUGAAGUCAAGUCAAGCUUAAUCUUAUUUAGAGAAAGUAGCAUAGCUACAGUAUUAUAGAUACUAUUUUUUGAAGAAAAUUCCCAAAUAAUAUUAGAAAAAAGAUAAGGACAGUAGGGCCUUUUAGUACUACAAUAAAUUCUUCAGGAAAAAGGAAAGUGUUAUAAAUAAAACUUUCAAUUUUUGUCAUUUGUAAAAAAAAAAAAAAAA